GCUAUUCACAUGGCUUGCAGAAUGUGGGCUGUGAUUAUUGUUUAAAUUUGUCAGUUUGCCUGAAACGCUGUUGAUUCUUUAUUGUCAACUCGAGCUGUAUGUAAUCUCUGUUAACAGGAUUUUAUACAGUGUAAUAAAACUUUCCUCUUCUGAGUGUAGACAGGAACUUCUUUUUGAAAAGGUGUAGAGUGAAUUGAAAGCUGGUCAAUAUGGUUCAAAGAUCCUAGGAACUGAAGCUGGAGCGUUCAAUGCUGGAAACAGACUGCAGGGUGAAAGAAAAGAUGCAGAAUCUGUGUGUUACAAAUGGGAGAACAGAGCAGUGCUGUGGGGAGCACAGACGGAGACUGGAGUUGUUCUGCCAGGAGGAUGAGGCCUUUAUCUGUGUCCUGUGUGUUCCCAGACAUUCAUGUCACAGUUUUGUUUUCCUGCAUGAGACAGUCGGUGUGUAUAAGAAGAAGCUGAAAACAUCGUUAUCAUCCCGUGAACUAAAAGUCAGAGAUCGUAAAGAUUUACAAACCAAGACUGAGACUGAAUUCCUGGAGAUACAAGAACAUGCUGUUAAUUUAGAAAAAUACAUUGCAGAAGAGUUUGUAAAACUGCACCAGUUUCUCCAUGACAAGGAACAAAAACUCCUUCAAAAACUUUACAGCAAAGCAUCAGAAAUCCUGAAAGAGCUAGAAGAAAAUCUUGAAUGCAUUAAAACUGUUACAGAAAUCCACUCAGCAGUGCCUGAUACUAACUUGGAAACCAGAAAAGAAGUAGACAUUCUGGGAGAGAGAAAUGACACAGAUAAUCUGGCAACCACAGAGGAAUCGGUGUCGGGUGACACCUCAGAACAUGGAAAACACAAAACUAAUGGAGUUCUGUCAGCUCCAGAAUCCUUUGAGGAUGUUGCUGUUGCUUUCUCAGCAGAGGAGAUGAAGCUGUUAACAAAACAAGACAAGGAACUUCAUAAGGAAGUGAUGUUAGAUAACUAUGAAACCUUAGUUUCAGCAGGUUACAAGAUCCCCCCAGAGGCAUUGUUAGUGCUACUUAAAGAAGAUAAUGCUGAACUGCCAGAGACUGACAUGGAAAAGAUAAACAGAGCAAAACACAAGAAUAAUUUUGAAGAAAACUCCCUCAGUAAGAGAACAGCUUAUUAAUGAUGCAUUUUAAUGAAAUUUUCUACUCUCCUUAAAAUAAUUUGAGGAAAAUGGGAGAAAAUAUAUAUGUACAGU